GAAGAAGAAAAAAAAACUUAACAACGUAGAAGAAGAGGGCGGAGGCCUGCUGGAAUAAAAAUACAGAACAUCAAGCAGAUAAUAUAACGACUACCGGAGUAAUGGUCGUCGUUUCAGUGAUGAGGUUGUGAACACCUCUGUGUGUGGGACGGUGCUCGAUGUUCAACAACAAUGACGAGAGUUUAAUGUUUAUGUCCCACCAACACUGUGACGUCAUCUCCCUGACAUGCCUUGGUGCCCAAACACCAAACGAAAACAUCAGUUUUAACCACACAACCCGGCUUUAGUGGGAGUCUGACCUCUUUAGUGUUUCAUUGAAUCAGGUACUAAGUAGAGAAACAGGCUCAGACUGAGCUCCGUACAUACCAUGGUAGAUAACCGCUAUGCCACAGCCUUGGUCAUCGGCUCGGUGCUGAGCCUGCUGGCCACAGUCUACCUCUCUGUGGCUGUGGGAACUCAGCACUGGUACCAGUACAGCAGUCCACCAGUUAAACGUGAGGGGAGCAACGCGUCCGAGCUGAGGGAGCUCAGAGAGGAGUUCAUCAACGGAGAGUUUGAUGAGAAGGCUUACAGCGACACCAUAUUCCGCCUGAAUGGCACCCUGGGACUGUGGUGGAGGUGCAUCCGGGUGCCUGGACAGACCCACUGGUUCAAAGAACCAGACCCAAAGAUGGAGACUCAGUGUGUGAGCUUCACUCUUCCUCAGCAGUUUAUUCCAAAGUACAAACACCCAGGAAACCACAACAGUGAGGAAGAUCUACUGAGAACAUACUUGUGGAGGUGUCAGUUUCUCCUGCCCUUAGUAUCUUUGGCGUUGGUGUUUCUGAGUGGCCUUGUUGGGGUCUGUGCCUGUCUGUGCCGCAGCUUCACCCCCACCUUGGGAGUGGGAGUGCUCCAUUUACUUGCAGGUCUGUGCACUCUGGGCAGCGUCUGCUGUUUCCUGGCCGGGAUAGACCUGCUCCACCAGUACUCCACACCACCUGAGGGGGUGGAGGGCUCGCUGGGUUGGUCGCUCUACCUCGCCCUCAUCUCCUUCCCUCUGCAGAUGAUGGCUGCUGCUUUGUUCCUGUGGGCGGCCAGGAGUCAUCGCAAAAACUACACUCGCAUGACUGCUUACAGAGUAGCCUAAAGAGAGAACCUAUAUUACAACGAGUUACUUUAAAAGAGCUCCGACAUAAUCCUGUUUCUGAUUUUUUUUUCUCAAGUAUAUCAGUCAAAGAACUGUACUGCUUUUCAUUUUUCACUUCUUUUGUCACAAUCUUAAAUUUAACUAUCACAUGGUAUCAGGUAAAGCAGGAAAAAACCAAACCAUUUUGCAGCGUAUCAUCAUAAGUGCUCAUAAAUAGAGGUUUCAUAUCUUUGAGUUGUGUUAUUUCAGCAUAUCUCACAUAUCUUAAAAAGCUUGUUCUUUAUUGUAUUUAUGCCGGGAUGUUAAGAGUGAUCUGUUUCUUGUGUGACCUGUGUUGCUGUGCAGUACUUCAUAUGCCUUCAUUUCAGUUGCCAUUGCUUCAGAAGCUGCUCAUCACCACAUUGUCCUUAAAUCAACAACGGAGGGGGAAAAAAAACUUGCACAAACUUCAGAUAUUCUAAGCCAGGGUAGCUUUCACUUAUAGUGCAUGACAGAUAUUUUAAAAGCCUUCUUUCUUUGUGUUUUUUUUUAUUCUUUGGAUUACCUAAACAAAAUCCAGCCUUUUCUUUGCAUGCCUUUUUCAGAUUUAAGAUAAGACGUCUGUCACCUGUGUGAACCGUCUGUGGUAUGUGUUUACUCUCCUAGAACUCGAACCACUCAUCUCCAAUUCCCGCCCUGUGUUUUUAAUGUCUAAUAUUUAUUAAUGUAGUUAAUUUGAAUGUAAACAAACUCAUUUGAUUUGAUACCACUCAAGAAAAACUGUGAUCUUUUUGUAACAUUUAAACUCUAAUGUUUAAGCCCAAAAAUUACACCACUGCCAUUUUACAUUAUAGAUGUUGAUAGCUGCGAUUCUUCAGGUGUUUUUUAAGUUUCAUUUGUUACCCGAAUGACUGAUUUAUCAAUUCAAAAUGUAAAAUGUAUAACACUUGUCCACUACAGUCAAAGAGACUGAUACUUUCACUGUAAAUUGAGUUGCAAAAAAUCUGACUUUGCAAUAAUAAAUGUACAUGACAUUAAACAUCUGUGUGGAUCAAUGUAAUGACUUUCCUACUUCGUAGCACCAAAAAAAAAAAGAAUUGUAAUUUUUUAAUGUUGUGGUUUUCUUACAUGUUUGUUGUGUAUACAAGGCUUUUGUAAAUGUACGUAUGUAUUUUCAUGUAAGCACACCGGUUUCUGAAACAAUAAAUUUGUCAUUUGCUGAA